AUGAACAAAGGUCCUGCUGGGACUCGCCCAACAGAGCCAACUCCGGUUUAUAAGGGUAAGUCUCCUGCUGUCUUGAAAACAUCUAACUAUGAUGACCUCAUUGACAAUUUUCAAGUUGCUGCUGAAUUUGCUGAAUUUUCGCGUCAUGUCUUCCCUAAAGGGACCGUUUCCGAGAUGGAAGCUUUUACCGAUGACCAAACAGUUGGCUUUAUGGAAUUUGCUUAUGCCCAAAGUUCCUUCUUUUUUACUGCAGGAGCACGGCAUAUUCAUCGUCUAAAAAUUAUGGCGGUUAAGCUUCGUGCAAAUGAGAGGAGUCUCCAACAACAAAUUGUCUAUCUGAAAUCUUCAGUGGAGUACCCCUUGAUCUAG